AUGGCACUCCAACGACCACGCCAGUUUCCCACAACUGGUUUCGAAGUAGUAGGCCGAGGUCAGAAGCUCGAAGAAGAGAAACUUCCAUUCUACGUCCGAGAGGAAUACUACCCGAUGCAAAUAGGAGACGUCGUACAUGUCCACUAUCAGGUUGUCGCUAAACUUGGAUACGGCACAAACUCAACUGUUUGGCUAGCUCGCGAUCUUCGGGACGGCAAAUACUGGGCUCUUAAAGUGUAUAUAAAUACCUUGCUGCACAACCAGGAACUUCGCGUGUACAAGCAUCUUGCGAGCGCCCCGUCAAACACUCCAACUGAACUCGGCUAUGAUCAUGUCCGUCGGAGUCACGAAUCCUUUCAAAUAAGUGGCCCAGCUGGCAACCAUGACGUGCUUGUUAUGGAGCCGUUGGGAACGAGUUUGCAAACAUUCCAAAACUUGCAGAAAGAGGGUGUCUUUCCGCGCCAAUUCGUUACUGGCGCGCUGAUGCAAGUCCUUAUAGGCCUGAACUUUCUUUUUGAGGCGGAUGUACUCCAUACCGGCAAGUUCAUUGAUCUGCAUGCGGACAACCUUUUGAUCGCGCUCACAGACGAUUCAAUUCUCUCAAGGGUAGAACAGAACGAGAUCGACACACCCAGUGCGCGAAAGCGAGUAGAAGACACCAUUAUCCAUGUUUCUCAAUACAUUUUAGGAGCCCGAGGACCCCUGGUCAUUUCAGACUUUGGGCAAGCACGCAUUGGCGCUGAGCAGCACGGGAAUGCUAUGCCAAUACCAUAUCGCGCCCCGGAGGUGAUUCUAGGAAUGCCAUGGAACUCUGCAGUAGAUAGGUGGAGCGUUGGAUUACUGGCUUGGGAUCUUCUUGAGAAAGAGAAGCUCUUCCAAGUAUACGACAGCGAGUCCCAAGAACAUAACGAUGCCUGCCAUCUUGCAGCUAUGACUGCGUUGAUGGGUCCGCCACCUCCUGAAUUCUUAGAAAAGAGCACUGCAACCAGGAAAUACUGGGACAGCAAUGGAAAAUGGAUUGGGCCGGUCCCCGUUCCCACCGAGAGAACAUUCGAUGCUUUAGCCACAGCUCUAGUGGGAGAGGACAGAAAACUAUUUCUCAAUUUCGUUGAGUGUUUUGUGUGGUGGCUUCCUGAAGGGGGACGUUGCCAGACGAUGUUGAUUAAUGUCGCCUCUAUCAUUGCUGCAAGGAGUGGAAGUAAGGUAAGGAUUGGUAUGCACAAGGCUCUGGUUUCUGUAUACGGUGGGGUCUGGUGGGUUGUAUCAAGACACUUUCGAAAUGAUCACCUAGGAAAGGUUUAA